AAAAGGCUGGAAUUAGAGAGAAAGCUGAUGGAAUACAGAAAGUCUGAUGCAUACCUAAUGAAAAUAAAAUACAUGAAGCUGAAAAAAUACUUGAAAGAAAUAGAUGAACGACAAAAAACAGCUGUUCUGCGAAACCAGACCUUUCUAAAGGAAUUUGACCAAUUUGAAGCUCAUAUGAAAACUUCAAGUUCAGAGAUGAUUCAGAAGAUGGAAGCAUGGUACGGAAGAGAAAUUAAAAGUCUGUUAUCACUUCAAGAGGGUAACUUGUCAGCAGAAGGUGACAAGGAAGAAGAAUACAAGGAGCAGAUGCUGUGGGUUGGAAGACAGGCUGGAAUCAGCACCAAGACAGCCAUGCCAAGGGAACUGUAUCAUCCAGCAACAGUCUUCAUGGGCCACCACACGUCGGCUGUCUCAGCUGCCGGAGAUGUGGGCAUGCAGCAGAAACCCCCCCAGCCUACAGAGACCUGCUCGGUGCCUGACCUGCCUUCGUGCUCUCAGUCACUUGAAGGCCUUGGUCCAGAGAGCAGAAGCGCUGAUUUAGAGAGUGAUGCAUCAGAGGAGGGAGCAGCGAGACAGGGGGACCUGGCUGCCAGUGAGGAAGACUCCCAGCAGCUCAUCUCCUCAGCAUCAGAUCCCAAACCAGCCGACCCUGAGGAGCAGCAGCCACGGGGAAGUGUCCCAGGACCAAAGCCUCGCCCAAGUAACUGGUGUACUCGUAAGGAGGCGAGCUGGGAGAGCAGUGUGGAGCUCUCCGUGCCUGCGAGCGCCGAGGAGGUGAUGCUGAGCGCUCCUGGUGUGCUGCAGGGUGCGGCUUUGCCAGUGACCAGCUGGGAGCGGGGCAGGGAUGCCCCUGCUGCAGAGGACUCCCCGCUGCAACCAUCGAACCCUCCCGUGGUGCAGGAGGAGCCCUCGGUCAGCUCAGCACUAGACAGGCACGGCGGGACGCUGGCGGGACUCUCCCGUGCGCUGCAGUUGAUAGAAGAGGCGGUGGUGAGGAGGAGCCCCCGGCACCGGGCGCUGUACCAGGGCGAGCACGCGGGGACGAUGGGCACGGCGGAGCUGCUCAGCUUUUGUAAUCGGGCCGGCAGUCUGAAAGAAGACGACCUUGAAGCAUGCGAAGCAGUCGUCCUUCAUCAGCUUCGGGCUUUGUUACAGAGCAUGCUGAAUGGAUGCCUCCUACCUGAGAAAACACUCGAUGUUAAAGGUAGAGCGGUGGAUGAAAAGCAAACCAGGCCAGACCAGCAGUGGGACGUGGACACGCUACAGACUUGUUUGAGCAACCAUGCCUUGUUCUUGAAAAAGCACCAGGUUCAGCUCACGGAAGAAGUGGCGGAGAUGUUUGAAAGGCUGCUGGUUUCCAGCAAGAAGGCACGGGACAGCCAGGCUCUACCAGUGUUGAGAGAGGCCCUUCCAGAAGAGUGUGGGGAUAGGUCAUCUAUUCAGAGUAAUGAAUCAUCUUACAGCUUGCCAUCGAUCCCAAAUGACGGCGGGGAAAUAAAGCAGGCAAAACACUCUCCCCAGCUCACCGGCGCGGGAGAACAAGAAGUCACAAGCGGGUGUGAAGAUGAGAGCAAGGAAGAAAGCGCGGUCGAAAAGAUUCCUAUUACAGGUUGGGAUCUUGGUGACAACAGUUCCAAAGCAAAAGGGAGCCAAGAAAUGAAUUCGGAAAGUAGUUCGUCGUCGAAAGAAAGUCCUCCCUUCUCAAGGACUGAAACCAGGAAGGGAACGGUGGCAGCUAUAAAAACCAAAGCUUUCUGGGGCGAAUCUGACGACAGCAGCUCCGAGAUUGAGGCCGCUUUGCGCCCCCAAACUCACGGUACAGAAGAAGAUGAAUUUGAUGAUUUCUAUGAUUGA